AUGGGGUCCUUUUAUGCUUGGUCUAACAAUCAAGAAGGGGGGACUCGCAUUUUCUCUAAGUUGGACAGGGUAUUUGCUAAUGAAGCCUGGCUUGACUCAUUUCCGUUAGUUACUACUGUUUCUCAAUGGGAGGUUAUUUCUGAUCAUUGUUUUGUUCUUCUUAAACAUCUUCCUGCUUUGAGGAUGGCGGUGAAGCCGUUUCGUUUCUACAACAUGUGGGUCUCUAAUCCUAAAUUUAGGGAGACAGUCUUGGCUAACUGGUUGUGUACUGAGGAUAGAGAAGCCUUUCUGGAAUUUAAAAGACAGGAGCAAAUGUAUGCUAGUUUCCUCUACCAAAAGAGUAAAAUAGCUUGGCUGCAUUUUGGAGAUGACAACUCUUCGUUCUUUCAUGCUAGUUUAAAGAAGAGGAAAUUAACUAAUAGGAUUGUGUCUUACGUUACUGAUGAAGGGCGGGUUGAGGAUGAUUAUACUGAAGUUACUAAUCAUUUUUUUCAGCAUUUUAAGAACUUUUUGGGUGCAGCUAGUAAGGCAUCAGGCAAAAUUUAUUCUCAAGUUAUUGCGUGUGGUCUGGUUUUGGUUUGUAUCCCUCAAAAUGUGAAUAAAACACUCAUUUCUCUUAUUCCUAAAGUGGAUCAUCCAGUUAAUGCAGCUGAUUUUAGGCCUAUUGCUUGUUGCAGUACCAUUUACAAAUGCAUCUCCAAAAUGUUGUGCAGUAGGCUUAAUUCUGUUCUUCCUUUACUGAUUAAUCAAAAUCAGGGGGCUUUUAUCAAGCAUCGAUCUCUUGCUCAUAAUGUUCUCAUCCUUCAAGACUUAAUUAAGGGGUACAAUAGGAAAAAUAGUUCCCCUCGGUGUCUUAUGAAGAUUGAUAUUAGUAAGGUGUAUGACUCAAUUGACUGGGAUUUCUUGGAGAAUCUUCUAAAUGCUCUCUGUUUUUCGAUGAGAUUUAUUAGGUGGGUUAUGGUUUUUUGUAGGGAUUCAUCCUAUUCUUUAGUGAUGAAUGGUAGCAUUCAAGGUCAUUUUCAAGGAGCCAAAGGUCUCAGACAAGGUUAUCCAAUCUCGCCUUUACUUUUUGUUAUUGUGAUGGAUUAUCUUACACAUUUAUUGUUAAAACCUUCUACGGAGAAAGAUUUCAGAUUUCACCCUUUGUGCAAGUCCCUAAAGCUUGUUAAUCUUUGUUUUGCUAACGAUCUCCUACUGUUUUGCAAAGCCAAUCCGAAGAAAUUCUUUUGGGGUGAGAAGGGAAACAAGAGCAAAUUUCUCCUUAUCUCUUGGGAGCAUGUUUUUCGUUCGAAGUGUUAUGGUGGUUUGGGUUUUCGAGAGGGUCCUACUUGGAAUAAGAUACUGUUAGCUAAGUUCAUCUGGGCUAUUUCUUCUAAGAAGGAUCUAUUAUGGGUGAAAUGGGUCAACUGUAUUUACUUAAAAGGAACUUCUCUCUGGGAUUAUCUGUUAAAACAAGAUACCAGUUGGUAUUGGAGGAAGCUUAUUAAUCUUUGUCAAUCUCUGUCCAGAUCUGAAUUGGAUGGUGCGGUUGUGAAUGGGAAGCUUCAACUGGGUAAGCUUUACUCCUUAGUUUUGCCUAACAAGUUGGUGUUCUAUGAGAAGGCUGUGUGGUGUAGGCUUACGGUUCCUAAACACAGAUUUAUCUUGUGGCUAGCUGUGAACCAAAAGCUUCUCCCAAGGGAUUUACUUCAUCAAUGUCAUCUGCCUAUUCCAUCUUUAUUAUGCCCUGCUUGUUCUCAAGAAGAUGAAAGUCACUCUCAUCUAUUUUUCGAUAGUUUGUUCUCCAGGAGAGUUAUGCAGACUGUUUAUGGGUGGCUGGGAGAGGCUAUUUGGCCUGUUCAGUAUGCGGAUUGGUCUCAAUGGUUGACUGGGCAUCGCAAUGGGUGGAUUUCCUUGGUGGUAGCAGCAACUCUUGCAGCUACUGUUUAUUUUAUUUGGCUGAACAGAAACCAUUGUUGUUUUGAGAAGAGUUGUUUUUAUGUAUCUAGAAUUGAUAACUUGAUUAGAUUUUCUGUUAAGGCUAGAGUGCAGAAUCUAAAUGAUCAGAAUUUUUCUAUUAGAGAGAGACAAAUGUUAGAUAUUGUCAUCAAUUUGUAA